UAUAAAAAUAAUGUUUUCUAAUUUGCCUAGUGGUGUCGGAUCAUUUGAUGAUAACUGCGAUCAAAUUAAGUAGGGCAGAUGGAUAGAGUUUUCAGAUGAUUUCCAAAAUGAUUCUUCAGUAAUUUAUGAUGGUCAAUAUUAAAAUGGUAAAAAGGUAGAUAGAUGGGAUAUUUUUUUUUUGAAUUUUAGAGGAAAAAAAAGCUUCUUGAUUAAAGAAGUUUAUUAAGCUUAUGUAAUUAAUUUUAGUGGUGGUGGUUCAUUUAAUAAGCAAGAGUUUCCUUUAAAAUAGGGUAAAUGGAUUGAGCCGCCAGAUGUAAUUUCAACAUUCUUUUUUAAUUAACAUUUGUUGGUGACUAUUAAAAUGGGAAAAAAGUUGUUAAAUGGAAUAUUAUGUAUAGGGUGGAUUCAAGUUAUCGAUUUAAAUUGAUGUAAAUUAAUUUUAUCUGAUGUGUUUUGCAGUGGGGGAUCAUAUGGUGAUAAAUGUAAUCAGAUAAAGCAAGGUAAAUGGAUAGAAUUUUAGAAUCAACUUGUUGAGAUAAUUUAUUACGGAGAAUUCAAUAAUGGAAUAAAGUUGGCAGGUGGAAUAUUUAUUAUAAAAACAUUUUUAAGAAUUAAGUCAAUUUUAUGU